AUGUUAAGAUUACCAAAAUUAGCUAAGAACAAUUCCAUCAAUUUAAUUAGAACUAUGAGUAGUACCCAACCAUUAUUAAACACCAGAAUUGAAUCUGAUGCUUUUGGUGAAAUUGAAGUUGAUACUUCAAAAUAUUAUGGUGCUCAAACUGCCAGAUCAAAGAUGAAUUUCAAGAUUGGUGGUGAAGCUGCUAAAAUGCCAAUUCCAAUUGUUAGAGCUUUUGGUGUUUUAAAAAAAUCAGCUGCUAUUGUUAAUGAAGAAUUUGGUGCCUUAGAUCCAAAAUUAUCAAAAGCUAUUCAACAAGCUGCUACUGAAGUUGCUGAAGGUAAAUUAGAUGAUCAUUUCCCAUUAGUUGUUUUCCAAACUGGUUCAGGUACUCAAUCAAAUAUGAAUGCCAAUGAAGUUAUCUCCAACAGAGCUAUUGAAAUUUUAGGUGGUGAAUUAGGUUCCAAAAAACCUGUUCAUCCAAAUGAUCAUUGUAAUAUGUCACAAUCUUCAAAUGAUACUUUCCCAACUGUCAUGCAUAUUGCUGCUGUUACUGAAAUUAAGAACCAUUUACUUCCUGAAUUAACCAAAUUAAGAGAUUCUUUAGAUGCCAAAGCUGAAGAAUUCAAAGAUAUCAUCAAAAUUGGUAGAACACAUUUACAAGAUGCUACUCCUUUAACUUUAGGUCAAGAAUUCUCUGGUUACACUCAACAACUUACCAAUGGUAUUGAAAGAAUUGAAAAAACUUUACCAAACUUAUUAUAUUUAGCUCAAGGUGGUACUGCUGUUGGUACUGGUUUAAACACCAGAAAAGGUUGGGAUGUUAAAGUUGCUGAUCAAGUUUCAAAAUUAACUGGUUUCCCAUUCAAAACUGCUCCAAAUAAAUUCGAAGCUUUAGCUGCUCAUGAUGCUAUUGUUGAAGCUUCAGGUGCUUUAAACACCGUAGCUGUUUCAUUAUUCAAAAUUGCUAACGAUAUCAGAUACUUAGGUUCCGGUCCAAGAUGUGGUUAUGGUGAAUUAGCAUUACCAGAAAAUGAACCAGGUUCUUCAAUUAUGCCAGGUAAAGUUAACCCAACUCAAAAUGAAGCUUUAACUAUGGUUGCUGCUCAAGUCUUUGGUAACCAUUCUGCUAUCACUUUUGCCGGGGCCUCAGGUCAAUUCGAAUUAAAUGUUUUCAAACCUGUCAUGAUCUCUAACUUAUUAUCAUCAAUUAGAUUAAUUGCUGAUGGUUCAGAUUCUUUCAGAAGAAACUGUGUUGAUGGUAUUGUUGCCAAUGAAGCUGCUAUCACCAAAACUUUACAUGAAUCCUUAAUGUUGGUUACUGCCUUAAACCCUAAGAUUGGUUAUGAUGCUGCUUCCAAGACUGCUAAAAAUGCCCACAAAAAAGGUUUAACCUUAAAAGAAUCUGCCUUAGAAUUAGGUGUCUUAAAUGAAGAAGAAUUCGAUGAAUGGGUUAGACCAGAAAAAAUGAUUGGUCCAAAAGAUUAA